GACGCCUCUCUUGACGCGCUCAGUCGGUCAAUGGCUCGGAACCCGAGAGACAUCCAAUUGACCUCGGCCAGCGGCCGGCGGGCGAUCUCGGCCAGGGAGGAUGACGGCAACCUCGAGGACGUCCGGUUGCUCGACUCCUACGACGAGGAGUCGGUUGCGGAGGAGGGAAGCGGGCGGGAGGAGGAGGAGGAGGAGAAGGGGAUGAGAAGGAUCCAAGUUAGGGUCACCGGGAUGACUUGUUCGGCCUGCACCGCCUCCGUCGAGGGAGCAAUCUCCACCCUCCCCGGCGUGGCCCGGGCCUCCGUCUCCCUCCUCCAGAACAAGGCCCACGUCGUCUUCGAUCCCAGCCUCGUCAAGGAUGAAGAUAUAAGAGAUGCCAUUGAAGAUGCUGGAUUUGAGGCAGAGGUCCUACCAGAAUCUAAUAAUAGUCAGACGAGGUCCCAAAAGACCUUGUCUGGGCAGUUCAGGAUAGGAGGCAUGACUUGUUCAGCCUGUGUAAACUCUAUUGAGGGUAUCUUGAGUAAACUCCCAGGUGUGAAAAGAGCUGUAGUUGCUUUGGCAACUUCACUAGGGGAAGUUGAGUAUGAUCCAGCAGUCAUUAGAAAAGAAGAGAUUGUUAAUGCAAUUGAGGAUGCAGGCUUUGAUGCUGCUUUCUUGCAAAGCAGCGAGCAAGAUAAAGCAUUGUUAAGUGUAGCUGGAUUGUCAAGUGAGAUAGAUGUACAUGUUAUACAAGGAAUAUUAAGAGACCUGAAAGGUGUGAGGCAGUUUGCGAUGAGUAGUAGUCUGUCCGAAGUGGAAGUCAUCUUUGAUCCUGAAGCCAUUGGUUUGAGAUCCAUAGUUGACUCCAUUGAGCAGGGAAGCAAUGGUAAGCUGAAGGCAUCUGUCCAGAGCCCUUAUACACUAGCUGCCUCAAACCAUGUAGAAGAAGCUUCAAAGAUGCUUAGGCUUUUCCUCUCCAGUCUGAUUCUCAGUAUUCCUGUCUUCUUCAUACGGAUGGUUUGUCCUCAUAUUGUUUUUCUCAGUUCUUUCUUAGUCAUGCACUGUGGACCCUUUCUGAUGUCAGAUGUAUUGAAGUGGAUACUAGUGAGUCUUGUUCAGUUUGUUGUCGGUAAAAGAUUCUAUGUGGCAGCUUAUAAAGCACUGAAACAUUGGUCCACAAAUAUGGAUGUUCUGGUUGUACUUGGGACUUCUGCUUCUUAUUUCUAUUCAGUUAGUGCACUGUUUUAUGGUGCAUUCACUGGAUUUCACGCUCCAGUAUAUUUUGAGACAAGUGCUAUGAUUAUCACAUUUGUUUUGCUCGGGAAGUAUUUGGAAGUUGUUGCAAAGGGUAAAACAUCAGAUGCUAUCAAGAAGCUGGUAGAGCUUGCCCCUGCAACAGCUUUGUUACUAGUGAAAGAUGAAGAAGGAAGAUAUGUAGGGGAGAGAGAGAUUGAUGCAUCUCUAAUUCAACCAGGUGAUAUCUUAAAAGUUCUUCCUGGCUCGAAGAUUCCAUCUGAUGGCAUAGUAGUUUGGGGUACAAGCCAUGCCAACGAAAGUAUGGUCACCGGUGAAUCUUUACCAGUAUCAAAGGAAGUGUCCUCUGCUGUUAUUGGAGGUACAAUGAACUUGCAUGGUGCCCUUCAUAUUCGAGCCACAAGAGUGGGAUCUAGCACAGUCCUGAGUCAAAUCAUAUCUUUGGUGGAGACUGCCCAGAUGUCCAAAGCUCCAAUUCAGAAAUUUGCAGACUACGUUGCCGGUAUAUUUGUUCCCAUUGUUAUCACAUUGUCCUUGUUGACAUUCCUUGGAUGGUUUUUCUGUGGUAUGCUGGGAGCAUAUCCUGAUUCAUGGGUCAAGGAAAGUAGCAAUUGUUUUGUCUUCGCGCUCAUGUUCUCAAUAUCAGUUGUGGUGAUUGCCUGCCCCUGCGCUCUUGGUCUGGCAACUCCAACAGCUGUCAUGGUAGCUACUGGAAUGGGUGCUUCUCAUGGAGUCCUAAUUAAAGGAGGAGAUGCAUUGGAGAAAGCACAGACUGUUCAAUAUGUGGUCUUCGACAAAACAGGCACCCUUACUCAAGGCAAAGCUGCUGUUUCAACAGCAAAAGUUUUUGCAGAAAUGGGUCUUGGGGAUUUUCUGACUUUAGUUGCAUCUGCCGAGGCUAGCAGUGAGCACCCUCUUGCUAGGGCAGUUGUAGAUUAUGCACACCAUUAUCAUUUCUUUGAUGAGCUUCCUACGGUCAAAGGUGCUACAAAACAAAUCAGAGAGGACAUCUUAUCAGAAUGGCUUCUAGAAGCCAUCAACUUUUCCGCUUUGCCUGGGAGAGGUGUGCAGUGCCUGAUCAAUGGGAAAAGGGUUCUGGUUGGCAACCGGGCUCUGUUGGCUGAAAAUGGCGUUAUUGUCACCAAGGAAGCUGAAGAUUUCUUGAUAGACUUGGAAGUAAAUGCUAAAACAGGUGUACUUGUGGCUUAUGAUGGUACCUUCAUUGGACUUCUGGGGAUCGCUGAUCCCAUGAAAAGAGAAGCAGCAGUCGUUAUAGAAGGCCUAAAAAAGAUGGGUAUUCAACCAGUUAUGGUAACCGGGGAUAAUUGGAGGACUGCCCAAGCUGUUGCAAAGGAGAUUGGAAUUGAGGAUGUGAGAGCUGAGGUGAUGCCAGCAGGAAAAGCUGAGGUCAUUCGCUCACUCCAAAAGGAUGGAAGCAUGGUUGCCAUGAUUGGUGAUGGCAUAAACGACUCCCCUGCUCUGGCGGCUGCUGAUGUCGGGAUGGCAAUCGGUGCCGGAACAGAUAUCGCCAUUGAAGCCGCAGACUAUGUCCUAGUGAGAAACAGCCUUGAGGAUGUGAUCACAGCUAUUGACCUCUCAAGGAAGACCUUCGCACGAAUCCGCUGGAACUACUUCUUUGCAAUGGCGUACAAUGUUGUAGCAAUACCCAUUGCAGCUGGUGUCCUUUUCCCUGUCACGGGGCUUAGGAUGCCUCCAUGGCUGGCUGGCGCUUGCAUGGCUUUGUCAUCGGUGAGUGUAGUCUGCUCCUCUUUGCUUCUGAGAAGGUACAGAAAACCUAGGCUUACCACAAUAUUGCAACUAACUGUUGAAUGAUUCCAUAAAUGCCCAUUACAAUUUAUCACAAAAGAAAAAAUAGCUCAAAGUUUUUCCAAUGUAUACUCAACUUCAAUCUGAGGUUGUGCAAUCUUGCAACCAUUUACUGUUCUUUUGUUUAUGGGGGGUCAAAAUGGUUAGAGAAAGUGAAAAAAAAAAAAGACUCUCUUAUACAGCAUACAAAUUUGUAAACCAAGAUGUAUUUGACUCUUCCUACUCAGGAUAUUCAAGUUAGAUUCCUCGAGUAGAGGUGAUUUGACCUCAUAUAGUUCUCAAUAUUUAGCUGUGUUCUUCUUUCAUAAUGUAUCAAACUCACAGGACUUGGAUCAUGUUUAAACAGAUUUACCCUGCAUGAAGCAGUAUAUGCUGA